AUAACUUUGUUUGACAACAAAAUUCCAUUCUACCAGAUUGAUUUUUCUAACAAAGCGAAAUUUCAAUAUACAUUAUUUAAAAAAAACCUUGCUUAUUCACAUAUUUAUAUUUAGAUGCAUGCAGCUGUGGAGCAGCCCCCAUUUUGCCAAGAGUUGCCCAUAGAUAGAAAAAAAGCAGUGCUUUUUUGUAAAGAAUUUGAAGUCUAAUGCUUGGUAUUAAAAUCAUUGCUCAUGUUUAUUAUCUUCUUAAAUUUCUGGGGGAGUUCAAUUCUUUUUGUCUUUGUGAACUAUAGGCAUUUUUAAAAAUAAAAAAUCUUUUUUUUAUUUUUAAAAUAAAAACAGAGAUUUGAAGAAGGGACAGAGAUUUGAAGAAGGAAACAAAUUAUUGCCGGAUUCGGGGGGGUUGGGGGUGGGGGGAAGGCAUCUUGCUCCUGUUCCCUCAUGACUCACUGUUGGAAUUUACAAGUCUUAUGUGUUUGUCUAAAUUAAAAACUUAGUAUUACCAUACAGUAAUUACUAGCACAAGAUAGCUCAAAAUACUUAACCUCUUAAAUGAAUGUGCUAGCCUGCAAUAUAGGAAGCUCAUUCCUGGGUUUGUAUAAGAUCCCCACAAAAGGAGAUUUUAAAUUUUUUUUCUUAAAUUGAAAAAUUAUAUUAUUAGGUGUUCCAAAAUAUCUUUGAAAUCUUUCUGCAUUUUUGAACAGUUUUUCUUUCAGCCUUGAAUCUGGUGUCUCAUUUGUUCUUAAAUUGUGGUAAGAUUUUUAAGUAAACAAAAAUUCUAAGAUACGAAUUUUAACACUUCAGGAUGGUACAUUUUUCAGAGAGUUUGGAAAUCUGCCAUUAUCAUCUAUUAAACUUGAAAGCAUGUAAUAAUCUUGAAUGUGUUAGGCAAUUUAUCAGUGGAGUUUGCUCAAUGUUUUGAGGUUCUGGAAGCAAUUUUUUAUGACAGACAAUAAUAGAAUUAUAUUGUACAGUAAUAGACACCAUCCUUCAGAAGCAGAUUUGUGUGUCAAAGGCAACAAUGGUACCUGGAGGACAAAGCAUAAAUUCUGUAAUAACUCAAAGGACCAGCAAGAAUACGAACUGCUUAGUGGAGGAACAAAAAAUGUUUUGAACUUCAGAUUUUAGUCACUUUACCUGGGUUUUAGGUCGCCCUGUUAUUUUUCUUAGCUUGUGCUUGGGAGCAAGUACAUGUGCUGUACUGGAGAGCAGGUUUAUCACUGUGGUGCAGUAGGAUGUCGGAGCAGCUGAAUUCCUUUCUGGGCUGAGGUUUCACAAUAGGGAUGAGCUGGGUUAACCAUUUCCUGCAGCUCUGGAAGAGGCUGCUUCCUCUUCUUGCUGCCCAUUCCCACCAUUGGCUGUGAAUGGACUGCACUUCUUGUCUCAGUAAACCCAGCUCACUAAAAAUGUAACAAUAGCUGUAUCCAAAGAACACUGAAGAGAUUAAUGUACGUGUGUGUGUGUGUGUGUGUUUGUGUGUGUGUGUGUGUAAGUGUGUACUUGCAUGUGGGUGUGUACCGCAUUGACUCUUGUCUUGUCUGUGUUGGUACAGGAGGGAGCAGACUGCUUGGCUAAGAUUGAUAACAGAGGAGGCGAUGGGCAAGUGGAAUCUCUCUUUUCAAAUGAUAUUAACUGUGUUUCUGAGCAACAAUGAACAGAUUCUGACAGAAGUUCCAAUUACACCAGAAACAACCUGUCGUGAUGUAGUGGAGUUCUGCAAAGAGCCUGGAGAAGGAAGCUGUCAUCUGGCUGAAGUAUGGCGUGGAAAUGAGCGCCCCAUACCCUUUGACCACAUGAUGUAUGACCACCUACAGAAGUGGGGCCCCCGCAGGGAAGAGGUGAAAUUUUUUCUUCGUCAUGAAGAGUCGCCAGCUGAAAGCAAUGAACAGAGUGGACGUCCAGCCCAAAAUCAAAGAAAUGGUAUAAAUAUACCUGUGGAGAAACGAACAGAGAAUGGGGUUGGGAAUCCACGUGUUGAGCUCACUCUUUCUGAACUGCAAGAUAUGGCUGCCCGACAACAGCAACAGAUUGAAAAUCAACAGCAAAUGUUGGUUGCUAAGGAACAACGUUUGCGUUACCUGAAGCAGCAAGAACGUCGCCAGCAGCAGUCUGUUUCUGAGAGUGAAAAGCUCCAAAAACUUAAAGAACGUGUUGAAACCCAAGAGACAAAGCUGAAAAAAAUCCGUGCCAUGAGAGGACAAGUGGACUACAGCAAGAUGAUGAAUGGCAAUCUGUCAACUGAAAUUGAGCAUAUAAGUGCCAUGUUCCAGGAAAAGCAGCAGGAGCUUCAGGCUGCAGUGUUAAAAGUGGAUCAACUCACUCAGCAACUGGAGGAUUUAAGGAAAGGGAAACUGAAUGGGUUCCAGUCUUACAAUGGACAAAUGACAGGGCCUGCAGCAGUAGAAUUAAAAAAGUUGUAUCAAGAGCUACAGAUCCGUAACAGGCUUAACCAGGAGCAGAACUCCAAGCUCCAGCAGCAGAAAGAACUCCUGAACAAACGCAAUAUGGAAGUGGCCAUGAUGGACAAGAGAAUCAAUGAGCUGCGUGAACGACUGUACAAGAAAAAAGUUGAGUUGAAUCGUAUUAAUGGAACUUCAUCGCCCCAGUCAUCCCUGAGUGCUUCAGGAAGGGUGGCAGCAGUAGGACCUUACAUCCAAGUUCCAAGUGCUGGCACUUAUGCUGUACCAGUAGAUCCAGUUAAGCCCCAGUCUCUCACCAUUGCUCCUAACUCAACACAUGGAAGAUCAAAAUCUGCUAAUGAUGGAAAUUGGCCAAUACUUAAACAGAGCUCAGCCCCUGUGGUAAAACCCCCUCAGAUCUCCAACACAGAUUGGAAAGAAUCAAGCAUGGAUACUGCUUUAAAACAAGGAACUAUAUCCAGCCAGCCUUUGCCAACUUCAGUAUUAGGAAGUACUGAUAAGCUGGGUCUUGAUCUGGGGAAGGUGCCACCAACAGUUCCUGGUGUAAGCAAGCAGUUGCCUCAGAACUAUGGGACCUAUCCAAGCCCAGUUCCCUUAGGAACAGGUUCUACAAACUCUCUAGAAAGAAGGAAGGAUGGCAGCCUGCCCAGACCUGGCACCAGUAUAGCAAAUCGGCAGAGGCCGGUUCCGCUCCCACCGCCCAGCAACGUGCACCAGCCCAGCUCUUCUCAGCAGAUCCAGCAGAGAAUUUCUGUCCCUCCCAGCCCCACGUAUCAACCCUCUGGCCCCCCCUUGUUCCCAGGAGGAGAGGGCAGGCCAGAACUGCCUUUGACUGUGGCAAUCAGACCUUUUCUCGCUGAUAAAGGAUCCAGACCUCAGUCUCCCAGAAAAGGGCCACAGACAGUGAACUCCAGUUCCAUCUAUUCAGUGUAUCUUCAGCAAGCAACACCACCAAAGAAUUAUCAACAAGCUGUGUACAAUACUUUAAAUAAGUCGGUAAAAGCAGUUUACGGAAAGCCUGUAUUACAGUCUGGUUCAACCUCUCCCUCACCCUUGCCAUUCCUUCAUGGCUCUUUGCCUGCCCAGUCUCCCUCACAGCCACAAUCUCAGCCUCAGACUGAGGUCACUGAAAAAGAUCAAGAGCUGGAAAAUGCUCCACCACCCAGUGAAAACAGCAAUGUGGAAAACAUUCCCCGUCCUCUCAGUCCUACUAAGCUCACCCCUAUUGUGCACUCGCCCCUACGGUAUCAGAGUGAUGCUGACCUUGAGGCUCUGAGGAGAAAACUGGCCAAUGCUCCGAGGCCAUUAAAGAAACGCAGCUCCAUCACCGAGCCAGAGGGCCCGAGUGGACCAAAUAUACAAAAAUUAUUGUACCAGCGCUUUAAUACCCUAGCUGGAGGGAUAGAAAGUGCUCCUUUUUAUCAGCCAAGCAAUCCACAGGACUUCAUAGGCAACUUAGCUGACGUUGAUAAUGGGAAUGCCAGUACCAAUGGCAAUAUUGAAGAACCAAUCCCCGUGCAACCUACAGUUCCUGUCCCUGAUGAACCACCCCCUUCGUCAGAUGCCAAUGACAAUGAGUUACCUUCUCCUGCUACCGAGGAGUUGAUAAGCACUGAAACCACAAAUCAAACACCUGAGACAACUGAAGACAACAACAACAACCUUUCUAUAGUUCCUUCUACUGAGCAGUCACCCAGUCCUACGCCAGAGGUCAGUUCUCCAGUAGAAGAUGAAGCUCCUUUGCCACCUGCUCUUCCUGCUCCACUUCCUCCAACAAAACGUACCAACUUGAAGAAACCCAACUCAGAAAGAACAGGCCACGGUUUGAGAGUGAAGUUCAAUCCCUUGGCUCUCCUCCUAGAUGCUUCUUUGGAGGGUGAAUUUGAUCUGGUACAACGAAUCAUAUAUGAGGUUGAUGAUCCCAGUAAACCAAAUGAUGAAGGCAUUACACCUUUGCAUAAUGCAGUGUGUGCUGGUCAUCACCACAUUGUGAAGUUUCUUCUUGAUUUUGGUGUAAAUGUAAAUGCAGCAGAUAGUGAUGGGUGGACACCCUUGCAUUGUGCAGCUUCUUGCAAUAGUGUUCAUCUCUGUAAACUACUGGUUGAAUCUGGGGCAGCUAUUUUUGCUUCAACUAUAAGUGAUAUAGAAACUGCUGCAGACAAGUGUGAGGAGAUGGAAGAAGGUUAUAUUCAGUGUUCCCAGUUUUUGUAUGGAGUGCAGGAGAAGCUGGGAGUGAUGAAUAAAGGGGUGGUGUAUGCUCUGUGGGAUUAUGAAGCCCAGAACAAUGAUGAGCUGUCAUUCCAUGAGGGCGAUGCCAUCACUAUCCUGAGGCGCAAGGAUGACAAUGAAACGGAGUGGUGGUGGGCCCGCCUCAAUGACAAGGAAGGCUAUGUGCCUAAAAAUCUCCUAGGGUUAUAUCCACGAAUAAAACCUCGACAGCGAACCCUUGCUUGAACUCAGUUGUACAACAGUGCAGUACCAUGCUGGUAACUGGAAACUUAGAACAUACACUGGAGCCAUCAUUUUUGGUCAUUUCACACAGAGAAAUAAAACUAUGAUAUUUAGUUUUAAUGGUGCUUUCUCUUGUUAAAUGGACAGCAUCCACGAUUUCCAAGAUCUGCGGUUUGUAAAUGAGGAUUGUCUGUGUGACCCAGCACUGACGAGGAGAGCGACACCUCCGCUACCGCCAGUGUUGCGCCAGCUCUCGUCCAACGCGGUGUUUUGAGUCAGAGUUCCGUGGUAGGAGCUUUCUUGUGUUCCGUGUUCAGAGGUGUCCUUUGCAGAGUGCAGAUGCACUGUCCGGUCUGCUCCAACCCCCCACAGCAACUGUCCCAUGUCGGGAUUUUGGGUAUUUCUGUUCCAUACCAGUGAAUGUUGAGUUCUCAUUACCCAUCAGCUCUUUGGGUUCUAGGACACAAGAUCUUCACCUGUUACAUGCAUAAUUAAGUAGUUACCAAAGCUUGGUGAGGGCUAGGAUUUUAGGUGGCAACAUGGUGAACACUUAAAUCCUAGUCUGGACAACCCCAACAAAAGCUUUACCUAGUCUAGCAUCUUGCAGUAUUUGCAUUUAGAAUCAAGCUAGAGAACUAACAAAAACCAACAGUAUUUGUACACUUCUCGAAGUCCCUACACAAUAUUUCACUUGGUGUUUUAUUUUCUUAUUAUUCAGCCUACAGCACCGGUGUUACCUCUACGAAUGUAAAGGUUCCCCUACUAACCCCCUGAGCUCGCCCCGCCUGGACACAACAGUUAGUACUGAAGUUGCAGCAGCUAAAGGGAUUUGUAUGUCUGCAGGGAUGAAAGUGCAAUAGUUGAAAAGGGUAAGAGUCUGGUAAGGGUUAUAUACUGUGUCACCUGAAAUCUGCCUGAGUCAGUCUAGAAGAAAAUAUGAAGGACUGGAUAGAAGUAGAGAGAGUCGUGUAGAUGCCAAGUCGAGGAGAAGAAAGAAACAAGGUUUAGAGGAGGAUUUAAGAAAGGCAAUACCUUAUUUGAGGACAGUUUCUGUGGUUCUUGGCAGUCUUCAACUGCUGCCAAGGCAAGUUAUGCAAUAACCUGUUCCACUACAUUGUAGUUUCAAGCAAAAAAGAAAAAACCCCAAAACAGGCACUUCACUGGAAUUUUAAUUGUACAUGAUUUUAUAUACCAAAAGUAUAUUUUGAAUUUCCCAUUAUAAGUUUUAGCCAUAUUUCUUGUAAUUUUCUCCCAUUUAACAGUAUGCAAUUUGAUUAACUCUUCAUGUACAAGUUCUGUGUAUAAUUUAUAUAUCCAUUUCUGCAGUGCUGUAACUUGCUUUUACCACAGGUCAGCAUUAACUGUAUAUAUUGUGGUGAAAAGUGAAAGGGUAUUAUUGUUGAAGACUUUGCUACAUGAAUGUGAUGAUUUCAAGAGCCUAUGAUACACUAAUUCAGAGAACAUGUAAAUGUGCACAAUAAAGUACUGCUAAGGCAUG